CUGCCUCUGUCUAUGGUUUCGAAGCAUUUGACCCCGAAGGAGGCAGCAAGUUUCUCAGUUGUGUCGGAAAUUAUUUUUAUCAUUUCGACACCGUGCAACAUCUAAAGACUAAGAUGAAAAUUCUGUUAGUAUCCCACUUUAAUUUCUUAAAACGUAGAUUAACCCUUAUGUGUCAAAUUAUAAAUAGAUUUUCGUUACAGGAGCCUUACACGUACUUUUGAGAAGAUUAUGCAAAAAUUAUAAAGUGCGAAAUAUAGUUUACAAUUCCUGUGAGUGGAAAAAAUUUUCGAACGUGAAAUCCAUUUUGCACGGAAAACAACAAAGGAUUAAGUGGGCCAAUAUCGAAAUUUUUGGCCCUAAUUUUAUUGUAUUUCAACACUGGUGUUUGUUCCAAAUUCUCAUCUCCGUAAUAUUCAACUCAAUCACUGAAGGUGUUGCAGCCUGAAUACGCAAACAACACAGACGCCAAAGAAAAUCUGAUACAAGAAGAGACUAUUUGUUGAAAUUUCUCUAUUGCAGAAAUUUCUAGAUUCUGAAGGAACCAUGAGCGAGAGGUCAUCACCUGGAAUCAUCUCUGAAAGAUAUGAUGAUAGCCGAGCAAAUGCUGAACAUAAGAUUCCUGUCCAUAUCAUAUUCACUGAUGCCAACCAACACGAACCAUUAGUUCGGUUUGGGGAACAAUCAAAUGCUCAGAUUGGCAGUUUGAAGGCAACACAAGUUGAACACGAAGUGGGAAGCUCAGAUAUAUCAAAAGCGCACAAUCUCAACAAACAUGGAGAUUCAAACAAUGAUAAAAAGCAAGAGCAUUUUCAGAGUCCACUCUCACAAACAAGCAAUUUUAACUCUGAGCUCAGUGUAGCUCGAAAUGAGCAUGACCAUAUCAAAUUAACUAACGCCGUACAUGGUGGUAAUUUUGAAGACAGGUUUAACAAUAAUUACACAGAACUAAACCAGCAGUUUGACAAAACACAGAACAAAGAUGCUCCCCCAAAAAUUAAUAGUGAAUCGAAUGACAAAGUAAAACCACUGAAUACUGAAGAUAACGUAACCAAGAAAGAAACUUUGUCGACAGUGGAGCAUUUACCGGAGGUUAAAAGUAAAAGGAAAGACACAAUUCUGACAGAUUUUCAGGCAAGUAAUAUCGAAACUGAAAUAUCAGGUGUAAGUACAUUACAAUCCAGCAGCACCGGACAGUUGAAAAAUCCUUUGGAUAAUCCUAUUCUCACACAUCUCACAAAGCGACAACCACUGGGCACAGACAGCAACAAUCUGGACACAAUAUCAACAGAGAUCAAAGUCAACACUCCACAAAACGUCAGACGCGAAAUAUCUCACCAGCAAACUAUUAUACCCCCAAACCCUUAUCUUCAUCAACAGUACCAGACUCAGGAAACAAACCCAGCCUAUUACCCAUUGCAAUACGCAACUGCACAGCAGCAACAAGUUAGUUCGCUUUCCAACACACAGUUUUUCACCAACCCAGCACACGCAGAUUCUCCCGGUAACAUGGCACAAAGAGUAGACCUCCUUCACGGACAGGGUAAUCAAAAUUUUGUAGAUUCAAACCUUGCUAAAUUACCACAUGCUUCAAGUAAUCCAGAAAAUAGCAGAAGUUCUGUAACUAUCUUAACUUUAUACCCAACGAUUCGAGCUGUCAUGCACACUUUCCCAAGCACAGGUUUUACAGGCACAUCUGCCCCAUCACAAUUAAGUACUUACGCAUCUGAGGCUACUAUUCCCUACAAACAGUCCUUCAAUCAACCACUCUUCCGUGGUGUCUCCUCGCCUGUCAACCUUCCAAACACAAGACUUAUUUACAAUGGGCCUCAACCGUCUUCCAGAGUACAGUGGCCUCUUGCAGGCUAUUUCCCUAUUAUAAUCAAUGAUCCUUUACUCACUAUGUAUAAUAUGCUGACGAAUAUGAUCGAGUAUGGUCCCGAGGCAGACGUUUGCAAAAGAACAAAGAACUUUAGACAAGGGAGAAGCAGAUCCUUGUUGUUUGAUGAAGACCAAUCAACAACGAAAUCGGAUGAAGAGACCGCAGGAAUGGUCCGUACUAUGGAAAACGGAGGUUGGAGUGAAGUUUCGAAAAACGGAAAUCCACUUGCAGUGGAAAGGAAGAUGUCUGACGACGUGACAAGGGAAGACAAAGAGGAGAAUGGUGGUGAGAGAGGAGGAGAUGAGGAAAGGAAGAAUAAAGACGAAGAUCAAAAUACAGAGGUCAUAAUGGAGACCGAGAAAAACGGAAAUUCAGGUCCGUACAUCACACGCUUGAUGGUCAGGAAGGGCGGCGUCUCCAUAGCCGGACCCGGAGGUAUCGCCACCGCUGGCUCUGGGGGCACGGCCAUUGUGGGCCCUGGAGGAGUUGCCUAUACGAGUCCAAAUGGACUCGCUGUGGUCGGUCCUGGCGGCAAAGUAGUCGGACUGCCUGCUGGCGCCGACCUCUCUGUAACUGCCACCAACUCCAACAGUGAAGGUUCUACACCGAGAUUCUUUAACAUACCUCCAGGUGGAAAAAUUCUUGCGACGGGACCUGUAGUUUAUUUCCAUCCUCCUGAGUAACUGAUAUCUGCAGCAUAUGGCAGGAGUACUGCAACUAAGGUCAACGUUGCUUUUACGUGGUGUCGUACGCUGUCCGCUAGAUAACAGAAUUAUACGAUAUGGAUAUUCUUAUUUAUGAAACGAAGUGGUGGCAGAUACCCUCAACACGUAUGGCGUUUAUUAGAAUUAAUUUUUUAUUUAAAUUAACAACGAACGUAGCAAAUUAUAUUUGCUAGAAAACGCUAUAAAACUUCUUAGUUAUAUUAAUUACAUUAGUUCGUUUCGGCAUGGCGAGGCGUGGAAAACGUGGAGAAAUACCUCCACGUUCACCUAUGGGCCAAGUCGUGACUCUUAGACAGAGAGACAAAUUUAACUUCAAUUUGGGGCUCUCGGAAGUGUAUAAUUCGUCUGGUUUUACUUAUACGUAACCUCUGCACGUUUAUAGGCAUAGGAUAAAUUCAUCUUUAUUUUAAACAGAGGAAUUUCUUUCUUUACAUGGAGCAAUCAGUGGCGUGUAAGUGAGCAUGAAAAGUGGAAACAUUUCUAAACUACUGACAUGAAACCGAAGCUGCUUUACCGACUUCCCGCCUGACCGUCUUCGAAUAUAAUAUAAUAUAAUAUAGUUGCAAACUUCAAUUUAAAUUGUGGUUAGAUACACGAAGGGAAACCCUUAUAAUGUGUAUACGCGUAAAAUGAAAUAUAUUUUUUACAGAUUCAAAAUUUUUUCCAGAAAACAUAUUUUAUAGAUUCAAUGACAAAAAUUGUAGGCUUCUUCCUGAAAGGACACUUUUAAAUUAUAAACCUGGGUUCUGCGAUGCUAUUGGGAUGUUUGAAUUUAAAAUUUCUUUGUAAUAACAUAGAAAAUAAAUUUAAACGUAUAAUUAUGCCACGCAGACCAUCAAGAUACCCGAGGAACAAACAGCAUAUAUGCGGGUAUGUCGUGUUUUAAUAAGCACUGUUCCUAAGAAUGAACGCUGUGUCUGGGUACUAAAACGAAUAAAUGAAGACUCGAAAAUCGGCUUAAACCAAAAAUAAGCCACAAGAUGUUUGGUAGAGUUGCCUUGUAACUGAACAAAACUUCCGCGAUAGUCUGUAUUAUUUCACAGUUUUAUUUAUUUAUGUAGCAAGCUUUGUUGACGGCUGUAAGUUGGCUCACAUCUGUUUCAUUCGUGCAGCUGCAUUUAUCAACGUUGUAACAUCGCAAGAGUAUUUAUUAAUAAAAAUGCCUACAUUUACAGUAAAACAGUGCAUUUCUUCUUAUUUCUUAUGUAUCUAAGCUGAAUUACAGUCGGAUGAGAAUUAUGACUAUGUUUGUUGAAAGUUUCUAUCUUAUAAUAUGCAAUCCCUAUGUUUUAACUUUUGUCAGAUAACCAGUUGUUUGGUGGCCGUAUGAGCUGCACUACAAAGUAACACAUUCUUUGUAGCUCGGCAACCACAUUCGCUAAAUGCAUAACGCGAUCUAGUUGGCAUAAAUCUCUCUGCCUUUCAUAAUUAUCGCCAACGCAUCAAUGCAUCCCGGAACCGAAGGUAACCUCAGGUGGGCACAGGGACUAUCAAUUUGUUUGUUCAUUAAUAUUAUAAACAUUUUAUGAAUCAACCAUUCAUACUCCUACGUCAGUGGUGACUGUAUACCACCUAUUUUCUCCCCAUAAAAACGCAGGAAACUGACAGUCUAUAUUUAUAGGUUCCGUUAGAUUUUUAGAAUAAAGAACAAAACUUAUCCUACAGAUAAUGAAUAUAAGCCUGCUCACAUUUUAAUAAUACGAUUUGCUGCCUUGGAGGUAAUUAUUAUAUUUUUUAAUAUUAUUUAUAAACUAGUUUUGUCCCUUAAAGCAUGAAAACUCAGUUGCACGUCUUAUUUUUGGCGCCAUUUAACCACAAAACAGGACAAAACAAUUUUGAAAUGUGGGAUUAUAACUUCAGAAUGUUAAAUAUAAACACAUUUCUCACCUCAUACUGCACACAUGAUAUCUCGGCCAGAGAAAUUUGAUUUUAUGGUCUGGAUUUACUUGGUAUUUAAGAGACCUGUUAAAGUAAACUGUUUGUGGAUAUUCAACAACAGAACUUAUUCACUAUCAUAAAAGUAUACCAACAUUUGUUUAAAUACAAUAAGCGCGGAAAAUACUAAAAUGGGUCUUGGGGCGGUUAUGUGAAGUUGUUGAAUAGAUUUACUUUCUUCAUGCUAUCAUCAACUGGCCGGCUCUCCUGAAUACAGAGAAGAAAUUUAUGGUCCAUGUAAACAGAAACAGAAGCCAUGAAAACAUAAGUUAUUUCCAAAUACUGCUACUCGUAUAUAAUAAGUACGCUCUUCAGUUUAAAAGCGUCACUUAUAACCUGAUUUCAUCGUGCUUGAGUUCCCAGUAAGAGUUGUGUAUUCUGCAUAGGUUC